AUGGCAGGCGGCGGUAUUCCCAUCGCUACUACCACCAUCGCUGGUGGCUUCCUCACCGGAAAGAAGCUCAUCUUCCCCAUCGCCCUCAUCACCUCGCUCUUCUUCCUCUGGGGUUUCUCUUACGGUCUUCUCGAUGUUCUGAACAAGCAUUUCCAGAAUGUCCUUGGCAUUACCAAGCUCGAGUCUACCGGUCUCCAGGUCAUGUACUUCGGUGGUGGUUACCUCAUCUUCUCCCCCAUCGCUGCUGAGGUCCUCAAGAGAUUCGGCUACAAGAUCUGUAUUCUCAUGGGUCUCUCUCUCUACUCCAUCGGUGCUGUCAUGUUCUGGCCUACUGCUCACUUCUCCUCCAAGGCGAACGCCUCUGCAUCUUUCGGUGGUUUCUGUGCUUGCACUUUGGUCAUUGCUUGCGGUCUUGCCACUCUUGAGACUGCUGCCAACUCCUACGCCGUUGUCAUUGGUGACCCCAAGACUGCCUCUCCUCGUCUCCAAUUCUGCCAGGCCUGGAACGGUGUCGCUUCCUUCAUUGGUCCCCUCAUCGCUUCCAAGGCCUUCUUCUCCGGCAAGAACGCUAACAACCUCACCAACGUCCAGUUCGUCUACCUCGGUGUUUCCUGCCUCGGUGUUGCUGUUGCCAUUCUGUUCGUCUUCGCCAAGCUCCCAGAAGUUGCUGAGGAGGCCAAGCGCAAUAACUCCCUUGUCGAGCCCGAGCACGAUAUCGAGGGUCGCGAGAUUGGUCAGGGUAGCAUCUGGAAGGAGUACAACAUGAUCUGCGGUUUCAUCGCCCAGUUCUGCUACGUCGGUGCCCAGGUUACCAUCGGUGCCUUCUUCAUCAACUACGCUGUCGACAACGCUGGCUGGGCUGAGACUCAGGCUUCCAACCUCCUCUCUUACGCUCUGAUCACUUUCACCGUCGGUCGCUUCAUCGCCACCGGUCUUGCCACUGUCUUGUCUUCCAGCUUCAUCAUGGUCCUCUACUCCAUUGCCACCAUCGCUCUUAACGCUUACGUCUGCGCUGGCAAGGGCAAGGGCUCCAUCGGUGCUGUUAUGGCCAUCUACUUCUUCAUGGCUCCCAUGUACCCUACUAUCUUCACUAUGGGAACUGCCAACCUCGGUAUCCACACUCGCCGCGGUGCCGGUAUCCUCGUCAUGGGAGUCGCGGGAGGAGCGGUCUUUUCACCUAUCCAGGGUGCUAUCGCUGAUGCUGCCAACACCCGCAUCUCUUUCGUUGUGCCCCUCGUUGGAUUCCUCGUGGUCCUGGCUUACGUCGCUUUCCACUGGAACAAGGAAGGCUUCGCCGUUCUCCGUGUCAAGCACGAUGAUGACAUUGUUGCCGCCGCCGGUGUUGAGGGUGGUGCCGUCAUCACCAAGCGCUCCAUGUCCAUCACCGAGCAGCAGUAUGUUGGCGAGAUCAAGAACUAA